AUGAACUUCAUCCUCCUCGCUCUAACCAGCAUCCUCCCUCUCACCCAGGCCGUCGGCAACGCCAUCAUCCUCAACAACUGCACCGACACCACCGCAUACGUCUGGUCCGUGGGAUCUAGCAUCGGCAAAACCCAAACCCUCGCCACUGGGGAAACCUUCAAUGAAGAAUUCCACUACGACAGCACCACCGGCGGGAUCACUUUGAAGAUAACCACCGAGCGUGGCGGAAUAUACCAGAACAGCCCAGAAACAGACUAUGCAUAUACACUGGAUACCAAUACUUCGACGGUUUGGUAUGCUAUUUCGGAUGUGAAUGGGGACCCAUUUGCAAAUAACACGGUUGCGCUGGUUCCGGAUCAGGAUUCUUGCGUGAGCUAUGUCUGGGAGGAUGGGGUGCCGCCGUCGGGGAUUCAUACGGCUUCGUGCAGUGCUGAUGGGGAUAUCAAGCUUAUUCUGUGUCAGGAAGGUUGA